GACUCGAAGCGGAGUCAAUUAUUCCGCUUAUACUACGGUUACCACACCCCAAGACAUCAUCCGAUGAUAUAUUUAAAGGGAUUCUUAAUCGCUAUUGUGGGUAGGACUAUUUCUUCCGCAUCUCAUGGUAUUCUCAGUCCUUCAUAUAGCCCGUGAUUUUUUUGGGGGGGGGUGUUGCCCUUUUUUUUAGGUCAGAGCAACUGCCCCUCAAAAUUCCUGUGCACGUCCCUGCUGUUGCAUAUGGAUUGUGGAUAUAAAUCGUGGCGUUGGUGAGAUAAUCCAAGAAUCUGUUACAUUUUCUUGAGGUAAAUUCUCAUCUGUUUGCUCGGACUCCUGAACAGGACCUGCAGUAUCAGAUCUGAGAUCUUCAAGCUCGAUUCUUUCUGUCAUUGUGAAGAAACAUCUUGAAGAAUGAGAAGCCUGAUGUUCCUGCUGGUCCUGGUGAUCUUCUGCUCUCUGCAGAUGACUUCAAGCGCUACCAGUGCAUUUGAUGCAGCAUAUGUAAAGUGCUGUAUGGAGUUCACUAAAGUGAAGAUUCCUGUGAGACAGGUGAAGUCUUACUACUGGACCACCAGCGACUGUCCCAGACGAGCCGUUGUGUUUCAGACGAUUAAAGGGAGAGAGAUCUGUGUAGAUCCAGAGACCCUCUGGGUGAACAGCCAUGUUGCUAUAGUGGACAAGAGAAAAGGAGUCUAAAACAAGCUACACUGUUUCUAUUUGAACUCUGAAUUUCAUAUUGUAUUUUGUGCUGAUGUAUAUAAAACUAUUGUAUUUACAGAAUAAUUUAUGUGAUUGGAUUCAUUUGUUUUAAUAAUAAAAUAUAAGUGAUGACACACAAAAAAAAUGGUGGAGAUCAGGCAAUAGAUGGCGCUAUAACUGUCAAAAAACCUUUAAAAAACAUGUUUUUCCUUACUGAAUUGCCUGUAUUGGCUGUAAAUGGUCUUUUCCAUCUAUGAUUUAAGUGUUUAUAUGCUUGCUGAAUAAAAUAUAAUAACUUUUUAUGUGCUUAAAGGCCUUAAAUGCUUGAACCCCGGUAAAUGCUGCUUGCAGCUUUAUUCUUCUAUUUGCUUUUGAUGAGAUGCUCACAUCAGUAGGUGAAUGUCAGCCGUCAUGUGACUGAACACCAGUGGGCGGAGCCUAUUGUGUGAUGAUGUAUAACUUAUUCAACAGUGUCUUGCUCUGCUAAUGUAUUUGCCCACGUGACAUCACAGAUCCCACAAUAUCAAAAUGAGCUGCUUUUGGAGCUUGAUUAAAUAAAUGCUUUGUUUAUAAUGAGGA